AUGGAAACCCCGCGACUUAAUCUCGUCCGAUUAACGCCGAAGCAUUUAUCCGGCUACCACGAAAUUUGGUCUGACCCCAUCGCGACCCGCUGGAGCUCACAUGGUCCCUGCAAGGAUUAUGCAGCAACCGAGGAAUGGAUGUCUGGGUUACUACCAGAGAAGAAUCCGCUGGGAGAGAACUAUGCCGUUUUUCUCCGCGAGGGCAUCAACGGUGCCAAUCUCGGUCACAAAGACGACAAUGGCAGUGGUGCAGCAGCCGAGCAUCUACCUAAUCUAACUAAGAAGAAGCAUCUCAACCAAUCAUUUUUCGAGCCUGGAUUUCUGCUAGGAGUUGUGGGGACUUGGAAUUCGGAUCCUGUCCCAGAGGUUGCGAUCAUUUUCCAUCAGCUGGCGUGGGGGUAUGGAUUUGCGACUGAGGCGUUAAAUGCGUUUGUGGAAAUAUUCUGGAAAGAGAGACCGAUGUUCUCUGUGCUAGAGGCUUACUGUGAUACUGAGAAUAAGGCUUCAGCGGGGGUACUUAAGAAGUGCGGUUUUGAAUUGGUUGAGACUGUUGUCGGAGAUUAUGUCUUACCGUGGAUGGAGCGGCCGUUACGAAAUAGUUUGAGGUUUAGAAUUACGAGAGAGCAAUAA